AUGUCUCAACUCUCAGGAGAAAGCGACCUGUUUGACUGGGGUGAUAAUUCAGAAGUCCCCCUUGAAUGGGGUGAUCUGCCUGAAAUCCCCCUUGACCCUGAAAUAGACACCAAUUACUGGGGUUUUCGGCAAAAUGCUUCAGUUGACACUGACGCCGAGCUCUUCAAUGGUGAUGAUGAGCCUAAAUCCCACAGAAGUGGAUCACAUCACCGGGUGCAGAAGGGGAAAUUUCAUGCGGAUGAUACGUGCAGCAAACUCCGAGUGGCGGAGAGAAAACUCCAAGAGCUGCAGUCCAAGCUCCAAAACAUGGAGGGAAAAGAGCAAAACUUGCAAGUCAAGUUGAAAGCAGCCAUGGAAAGAAUUAGAGCCAUGGAGAAAGAGAAGCUAGAGCAGGAUGCAGAGCUGCAAUCGAAGCUGGAAGCCAUGGAGAAAGAAAACAAAGGCUUGCGAGAAAAGCUUAAUGAAGGUGUCACAAGAAACACACAGAUGCUUAUCCAGCAGGAACAGAAUGCAAAAUGCAGAAAGCUGGAAACAAAGCUGCUAGAAAUGAGCAAAAGAAACCAAAGCUUACAGCAAAUGCUCGAUCAAGCAUUGGAAAAAAAAGUAGCAGUUCUAAAAGAGAACAAAGAACUGAAGAUGAAGCGCACAGAGGUCGAAUCCAAACUGGAGCACACUGAAAAGAAGCACAGGGUGGUGGAGGCCAAACUGGAGGACAUGCAGACACAAAAUCAAAACCUGCAAGCAUUGCUUCACAAAGCCCAGCAGAGCAAUGGAAAUGUCCUCAACGAAAAGGAAGCAAAGCACAGGGAGAUGCUCCAGAAGAUGGAAGAGAGGAACAAAGACAUCCAGUGCAGACUUCAACAAGUGCAGAGUCAGUGUGACGACCUGCAGGAAGCAGAAAAAAUACAGCAGCAGAAAUUGAACCUUCUGGAAGAAAGGCAUGCAGAAAAGCAUGACCGAGUUAAAGAACUCGAGAUAAAGUGUACAACACUUGAAGCUGAGAAUGCAGAAACACUCAGUGAUCUGCAGGCCCUCAUCCUGCAGCACAAAGAGCUGCACGAGCGCUGCCUCAGAAAGAAAAAGCGCUUCAAGUUUCUCCGGAGGACCUCUGCUGCUGCUGCUGCUGCUUCAGCUCAAAGGAAGCUCCCCUCGUCUGCCACCACCUUCGAUCCAUCUCCUGGACCUUGA